GUGUGUGUGUGUGUGUUUAAGGUUUCUAAGUGUUGAAAUAUAUCGACACACGUAAGUAGCUCCUGAGUCUUUUACCGGUUCUGAACUACGUUAGUAGGGAAUAAAAGAAUGACAUAAGAAAAUAUGACAGAAUAUCUCCGCUAUAUAAACUUGCAGCAAGGUGUUUACAUCCGUCACCAAGGCGACCGUGAAGGGGGCGGAUCUUUGAUGACGUAAAUUUAUGGGAAAAGGCCAAUCAACGACAGAUAUUGACGAGCUGACGUCAGAGUUAAAGGGAGAGAGCCGUUAUUCUGCGAGCCUCAAACUGGACUGCAACACAAGGACAUGAUUAUGGAAAAAUAAAAGUAUCUUUGCAUUUCAUUUAAAGCCAUUUUACUCGCUUUGCCGGUGUUGUGUUGAGCCGAAAGAAAGUAGGAGAGGCGAGCGAGUAGCGGGGAGACGCGCGGCCCGGUGAGAUGCGCCCGGGCGGCGUCCAGGCCAGAACCUCUGUACAGCAGGCCAGCCGCUCCGGUGCUCUUCGCUAGUCAGCCGGACCUGUCUUUUCCUAUUGAUUGUGUACGAAAGAGGAGCUGUGGCAUAUUGGCAGCCUGUGGCUGAGGUCUCUACAGCAAGCUGUGUAAGUGAGGGGCGAUGCUCCCUCCCACCCACGCUGCCAUCCGCUGUUCCUGAGUGCUGCCUUUCCACACACAGCAGUCGAUGCAGUCUGCCAGUCGUCCAGCAUGUCUCGUGUCUCUUCCACGGCCAAGCGCUACGCUGGCUCCUCCUACACCAGCCACUACAGCUCCUAUGGGUCAUCCCUGACACCCACCCUGGGCUCCUAUAGCGAGCGGGACAGGCUGCCUUACAAGAGUGGCUCCUCUAGCUACACUCCAUCCAACUACUUGAGUGGCAGCACCAGCCGCACCCGCAACUACAGUGCCUCUUUGGAACCCGACCGGGGCCGGCCCAUUCCCCGCGCCGACCUGCUGGGUAGCCGCCGCAGUGAAAGCCUGAGCCGUGCGCCAACCAAGGGCUACAGCUCUGGUCUGAGUGGGGGCGGGGCCUACUCCACGUACAGCUAUUCCCCAACCACACCCAGCUACUUGUCCUCCUCCCCGACAUCAUCGUCCAUCACUCUAUCCCGCCGCCGCUCGGUGAGCCAGAGCGACCUGACGCGAGACCUUUCCUCCCUGGGACUUGCCGACCCAUCCUCUUCACCCUCCACCACCGGCAGCAGUCUGAAAUCGUCAUACCGGAGUCGAGGCAGCGAGGCAACUGACUCGUACAGCAGCUCACGCUACGGCUCUGGCCUCUUGCGCAGCUCCACACAGGAGGCCAUUAGCAGCGGAGGCGGCAGUCGCUUUACCUGCUCCAACUCCCCAACACAGAGCACGCUGAACUCCAAGAGUGCCCAGGGCCUGGUGGGACUGCGCAACUUGGGGAACACGUGCUUCAUGAACUCCAUCCUGCAGUGUCUGAGCAACACCCACAGCCUGCGUGACUACUGCCUGCACAACGCCCACCGCCGGGACCUCAACAACAACACCCGUGGCAACACUGCCCUCAUGGAGGAGUUUGCCAAGCUCAUCCAGAUGCUCUGGACGUCAUCAGGCAGUGAGGCCGUCAGCCCCUCUGAGUUCAAAACGCAGAUCCAGAAGUAUGCCCCCAGAUUUGUGGGCUACAACCAGCAGGAUGCACAAGAGUUUCUGCGCUUUCUGCUUGACGGGCUCCACAAUGAGGUCAACCGAGUCACAGUCCGUCCCCGGGGACAUGGCGAGGACCUGGAUCAUCUGCCGGACGAUGAGAAAGGGAAACGCAUGUGGAACAGGUAUCUGGAGAGGGAGGACAGUAAAAUAGUAGACUUGUUCGUGGGCCAACUCAAGAGCUCAUUGACGUGCACCGAAUGUGGCUACUGCUCCACAGUGUUUGACCCGUUCUGGGAUUUGUCUCUUCCUAUCGCCAAGAAGGGCUACGGAGAAGUCAGUCUAAUGGACUGUGUGAGGCUGUUUACCAAAGAGGAUGUGCUGGAUGGGGACGAGAAGCCGACAUGCCACAGAUGUAAGGCCAGGAGGAGAUGCACAAAGAAGUUUACCAUCCAGAAGUUUCCCAAAAUUUUGGUGCUGCAUCUAAAGCGCUUCUCAGAGUCUCGAAUCAGAACCAGCAAGUUGUCCACUUUCGUCAACUUCCCCAUGAAAGACCUGGACCUCAGGGAGUUUGCAUCUGAGAACAGCACGAAUGCGGUCUACAAUCUGUACGCCGUGUCUAAUCACUCAGGUACCACAAUGGGAGGACACUACACAGCCUACUGUCGCAACCCUGCAUCGGGGGAAUGGUACACCUUCAAUGACUCCAGAGUAACACCAAUGUCCUCCAGCCAAGUGCGCAGCAGUGACGCCUAUGUCCUGUUCUACGAGCUGACCACCUCCUCACGCAUGUGAGACCCUCACCGCAGUCGAAACUGGAGGAAGGAGACGAGAAGGAAGAGGACGGGACUCAGGCCCCCUUGGGACUAAAUGCACAGGCAAGGGGGCUGCUCCCCAGCAUCUGGUCACCACCCAUACAAGAAACGGGCAACACCCGCUGGACUGACAGCCACACGCACAAGCUGAAGGGAGAAGGGACAUGCUGACCUGGUCCUGCGUCGGUAAUUCUCUGUGUGGGAGGAGAAAUGUCUUUGCGAACAUGCGUGCAUACGUGCAUGUGCGUGUGAAGCCAGAGCACAUGCCGCCCACAGGCAAUAACGCAGAUGGCAUCACCUCCUCUAUGCAUCACGGCUGGAGCUCUCGUCCUGGCUGCACGUUCUUAUUCAGGAUUGUCUCCACAUUGAAAACAAAGACUUGUUACACUUCUGAAUUUUGUUUUUGGUUUUUUCUUGUUGGUUUUUGUAUUCAUAUUUUCCCUCGACUCGGAAGAUGGGUGGGUUAAUGGCGUCCCCUAUUGGGGCUUUGGGGUACAUGAUGAUGUCAGUUGCCUCUAAGCUCCAGACUUAGAUCCAUAGCAGCGGUUCACAGCCCCAGCUGCCCUUCCCUCACACUCCACGCCCACAUCACAUACUCUCGCUCUCCUCCCCUCCAUAUCCAUUGUGCCUCUCUUCUGAAGGGUUCUGGGGUUGUGCUGUGUUGCAGUAAGCCUGGGCUCAGCCCAGAAAUGCUCUGUAACUUGUGUUUUAUCUGUGUGGCUGCUACUGGUUUUUCUAAAUACUGUGAAAGGAAGGACAAUCUAACUCUCAACCACAAAAAAAAAAAAAUAUCUUGACAGUAUGAAUUUGUUUAUUAUAAAUUUUCAUGCCAUUGAACAACAUGGAAAAGAAUGUUUUGGAAACACCAUAUAUGUAUAUUUUUAUAUUAUGAUGCAAUAUAAAGAAUGUACAAUACCGUGGUGCUGAAAAUGACCCAUUACUGUUUUCAGUUAAAUUAACAAAUGAAAGAGAGUUUUAUUUAUGCUUACUGGUGGUAAUGUGAUAAGUCACUUUUUAAUCAUGGAAGUUUAACAACAAUAAGUAUAGAAAUGAAUAAACUUUAAAGACAGAA